AACUGUUCAGCCUUGGUAUCUGAUCGGCGUUCUUGUAUUUGUUCAUACGCAAUCCUCCUUCCUGUAUUCGACAUUGCGCCUUACAGACCACCGGCUUUCUGUUAUUCUCUUCGUAUUUGCCCACACAAACUUGCCUCCUGCCAUCAUGGUCAACGACAACACCGCCUGGAGACGACGGCUAGUGAUCUGCUGCGACGGCACAUGGCAAUCUAGCGUCAGCAGCAAAGACAACAUACCCUCAAAUGUUGCCAGGCUCUGCCGCCUGAUCGCCCGUGUUGGCACGGACAAGAACGACGCCUCGAAGAAAUUCCAUCAGAUCGUGUACUAUGACUCUGGGAUAGGAACCGGGAAUCUCAGUACCUCUGAGAGGCGACGACAAGGCGGCACAGGAGCUGGUCUCGCGGAGAACGUCAUCGAAGCCUACAACUUCAUUGUGCAAAACUACGAGCCAGGCGAUGAGAUCUUCUGUUUUGGGUUUUCGAGAGGCGCCUACACGGCGCGUGCGGUUGCCGGACUGGUUUCGGAUAUCGGUGUGAUUGCACCAGUCAACAUGCAAUUCUUUCCGGAGCUAUAUCGUCUGUAUCAAAGGAAUGAAGAAGGUGUUGACUUCCGUGAUACGGAUGAAUACAGAUGGUUCACCAAAGGCAAGCUCAGCGAGAAGGGUCUGCAGAUGGAGAAAGAGGGCGUAGAUGUCAGGAACAUCGACUGGCGUGAUCUCAAACUGCUGGCUGAAGUAUGGGAGAUUCGACCGCAUGGUGAGCUUGCUGUCAGCGAGGGUAGCAGGAAGGUGAAGGUGGUUGGCGUGUGGGAUACGGUUGGCUCGCUGGGUGUACCUGAUCUGAUUGGUAUUGAUCUGGCGUGGUCGAGGACGAAGUAUGGGUUUCACAACGUCGAGCUGACGGAGAAUAUCGAGCAUGCAUUUCAGGCGUUGGCUUUGGAUGAACGUCGGAGGGCUUUCCGCCCGACUCUCUGGUACAUUCCCAAGAGUCUGGUCGACGAUCCCGACAGACCAACACCGGAGCUGAAGCAGGUUUGGUUUCCUGGCGUUCACACCAAUAUUGGCGGUGGUUCACAAGACGCUUUCGGUGAUAUGAAGGGAGAUUCGGAAAACAUCUCCACAGCAACCCUCUGCUGGAUGCUUCAAGUCAUCUCCCCUUAUCUUACCAUCGACCGCCGUGCCUUCCAGCUAUCCAUGGACCAGUACACGCGCUGGCUAUUCCGACUCCGCUUUGCCUGCACCUAUCACCACCAGAACAUCCUCCAAAAAGCGUGGAACCUGCUCCCAACAAUCUCCAUUCCAGGUAUCGGCCGCGACACGCUCAAAGCCCCGCCGCGUUCUCCACCGCACUCACACACCAACUUUGACUUCAGCUGGGGUACAGGCCCCCUCGUAGACUCCUACAGCGGGAUAUACUACUUCAUCGGAUCAUGGCAACGCAUGCCCGGCCACGAAGAAGUCGAGUGUUACAACGAGGACACCAAAGCGCCGAAAUGGACCAGACUCCGUGAUCUGGGCGAUACAAACGAAUACAUUCACCCCAUCGCCUACUACCGCAGUCUCGUCCGCGGAUGGGACAAACACUCUCCGCUGAAGCAUGGCUGGAACCGAGGUAACUGGCGCACGAAAGAGGAUGAUACGGCAAGGUUUUGGUGGUACAAAGAUGGUGAGCAAGAGAAGGGUGCGAUCCCCGAGUGGAUCAUGAUGCCGAAUGAUUCCGUGGAAGAGUACAAUUACGAGAGAAUGUGGUAUAAUAAGUGUGAGGAGGUUGCGGGCAUAAUGGAUAAGGUGGUUGGCAAGGAGGAUUUCCGCGGCAAGGGGUUCUUGGAGAAUUUGGACAAGGAGAUUGAUCUAGGGGUUGAGGGAAUGCCAAAGGAUGUUGCGCCUUGAGAGGGAGGGAGGGUCGCGGAAGACAAGGAAGAAACCGAGUGAGUUUGCCGCAUACAUUGGGUCAAUAUCAACAGACUACAAAAUCUGACGUUGAUGUAGGCUUCAACGUCUUGAGAUUUUGCCCUGAUUGAGAUGGUGUGGUAGAUGAAGUGGGUGGUAAUGCGGUCGGAUUGCGAAUUGUGGGAGGCAAUAUUCUUUGAGGAGCUGGUCUCUUGAGAUAAUGUACUCAAUUCGUUAUGGUAGAGGAGUACAACAGCGUUGAGGAAAACAUCUAAACACUUAUAUCACCAGCCCGACUGAUCUUAACCAGAGGUACGCACAUACGUGCAAUUGACCUAAUAGCAUACAUAGGAAAUUUCA